UAAAAAUGAGUGUAGUGCAGGAGAUUGAAGAUUUUUAUGGUGUAUAUUUGUUAGUUAGUAAAAGUUCUAAUCCAAAAUUUGCCGGCCGAACAUAUAUCGGGUACACCGUUGAUCCAAAUCGAAGAAUUAAACAGCAUAAUUCUGGUCAAGAAUUCGGAGGCGCCAAAAGAACUUCCAAUCGGGGUCCAUGGAUUAUGGUUAUGAUAGUACAUGGAUUUCCUAAUAAUAUUUCUGCUCUAAGGUUCGAAUGGGCCUGGCAGCAGCCUAAGGUAUCUAGGCGUUUGAAGGCAAUUCCCGAAUUGCAAAGAAAGCAACGCAAAGAAAGCAGGUUUGAAUAUAACUUUCGCAUUCUGACAGAGAUGCUACGAAUAGGCCCAUGGAAUCGUUUGCCACUUACCAUACGCUGGUUGGUAGAGGACUAUCACCGCGAGUUCGAGGUUGGAAAGGCACCUCCUAUGCAUAUGCCGAUUUGCUUUGGACGUGUGAAGAAAGUGCCGAAAAAUGGAAAAGUGACCAACCAGGGUAAGAAAAAACGCAAACGGAAAGUUGAUGCUGCGGAGAUGAAGAACAUCAAUGGUAAAAGUAAGAAAAUUACCGUUGAUUACGAUUACGAUGUUGAUGAAUAUGACCUAAUUGUGAUGAGAACUGAGGAACCAAGGAAUGAAGUGGAUCCGAUUGAAACGUUUUCCGCGCAGAAAACCACACAAUUAGGUUCUAACGAAGAAUACGGCAAUCAUGAUGGUGACAUAACCGUCAUCUAUUCAGAUGAUGACGAAAAUAUGAAAAGCAACGAGCCUCUCAACGAGGUGGACCUAGAAAAGGAAACCGCUUGCCAUUGUAUAAUUUGCAAUGCAGCAAUUUGUCCCGGUUCUAAUGAGAUCGUUUUCGCGUUACGUUGCAUUCGUCCUCAUUGUAAACUGGUUUGCCAUGUUGAAUGUUUAGCAGCUCGCUGUCUGGAGCCAGGCCAAUAUGUUCCAGUUGAGGGAGACUGUCCGAUAUGUGAUACUCACUUUCUGUGGGGCGAUUUGAUCAGAAAGGCCAACGGUUGUAGUGAUCUGGUAGAAGAUUUGAAUAGCAUUGACGUGUUUGAGGUGGAUGAUGUAUCAGAAAGUGAUGGAGAAUAAACU